AUGCUCCUCCUCAAGUCCAUCAUAUUCCUCGCCCUAUGCCUCCCGAGCCAGGUCUUGGCUCUCCCGAACUUGGUCAAGUGGGCGGAUGAGGACCAGCCUACCUGGCACGCUGAAUUCACUCUCGGGCCGUUUGACCCGAAACCGGCCACGUAUGAGCAGGUCCUUUCCUACGCGAAGCAGUAUUACAACCAAAUCAAGUCGGACCCAAAGGCUAUGCCCGAAAACUCCCUGAAGAAGCAUGGACCCCUGCUGGUUGCGGCCUUGUACAUUCCCGGCAGCACUGCAGCAAACCACAAAGUGUAUGCGUCAACUGUUCCACGGGGCACUCGAAAAACCUACAUGAAGGAUCAUCGCCAGGAAGCAACGGCCUGGUACAUCCAGACAAAAAAUCUCAAGUCGACCAACAAGGACGAUGUCAACAUCCCGUUUCACGCCGAGGAUGCCGCUUACUUCAACUUCGAGACCCUGGUUCCCGACAGCAAGCGAACGAGAUACCCGUCCGGUUCGAUUCUUGCCGUUUGGGGUCGUUUCGAUGGGCAAGCCGAUGCUGGUAAGGAGCAAUUGCCGUGUGGUGCGUAUCCCAAGCGGGAUCCAUCCUGCGCCACAGUGGCUCACAAUAUCGGUGUGGCUACUGGCAAGGGUGCUGCCAAAAGAGCCUCUGUUUUCAAUGAUGAGGUGGCGAGAAUUGUGGAAGGUCUUGAAUCCCUGUCUGUGUGA